AGAAGCUAAUCCUAAAAAAAAAUUGAAAAAUUUCGCGCAUAGGAAUACGUAUCGAUCUCAAACUCUUCAAUGCAUGCGAGGCCGAAGAAGGUCGAGGAGGUGGAGAUCAGACACAGAGAGAAAGAUCGUAUGAAGCUGAAGACGACGACGACGAAGACGACACCGACGACGAAGAAGACGAAGUGCCGGCCACCAAGAGGAAGAAGCAGAACAAGGACGAGAACCGGAAGCGCAGCUUGGCGGUGGUUUCGACUUGGGCCAAGAUGGCCGCUCGGAAGCAGGAAUCCCGGGCUCGGAUGGCUCAGAUCGAACAACGGCUUUCUUUCAUGGAGGAAAACGUGAACGAAAAACUGUCCAACGUCGAGAAUCUCAUCCAGACUCUGGUCAAGAAGAAAUUCGACUCGCCAUAGCGUCUUGCU